AUGCCGAGUAAUAAGCGUGAAAAAAUCCCGGAGGGUACGCUCUGCGUGGUGUGCCAGGAUUUGGCGAGCGGGAUUCACUACAGCGUGGCUAGUUGCAACGGCUGCAAAACGUUCUUCCGCCGCGCCCUCGUCAAUAAGCAGACCUUUCAGUGCCAAUUCAAAGGGGAAUGCGAAGUUGGAAAAGCUGUUCGCUGUGUAUGCAGGAGUUGUCGGCUGAAGAAAUGCUUCGAGACGGGAAUGGAUCCGAAGGCCAUUCAAAACGACCGGGACAAGAUCCGGUACACCAAACAGUUGCGAAAACAGAGGGAAGCCGAGUUGGAGCGAAGGAGGCAGGAAGCCGCCAUGGUCAAAGCCGAGCCGGACAGCCCGGGGAGUAAUGCAUCGGAAAUCUACCAUACUUCCACCCCCUCAUCGUCUACGCAAGCCAACCUCGACAAUGAAUUGAGAGAAUUCGAGCAGGAGGCUACGGGCCAAAUGCGACACGUCAUCCAAGAACUCCUGCGUACCGAACUCCGAAUGCUAGCCGUCCGGAAAGCAGCCCGUUUUGAGCCAAAUUCUUCAGCAACAUCUUCGAUACACAAUCGGUGCCUACUCGACGAAGAUCAUUGGGUGGCCCUGAAUUCGAUACCUAUGAUGGGCCCUUUUGCGAAGCCGUGCAGUUUGGACUCGUUGAGAUCGUGGUUCGUCCGGGAUCUGUCGCUGAUGAUCGAAUGGGGGAAGUCAAUACGGAUGUUGAGAGAAAAGCUGUUGAUUAGUGAUAAGCUAGCCCUGAUGAAGUCCGCAGCCCCAAUAUGGCCCCUCCUCCACCUUGCCUAUUACACAGCAGAAGACGAGUUGGCGCUUUUCCCGUGUGUUAAACAAGAGCCCGGCCUCGAAAUCGGCGUCCGAUUGAACUACCCCGAUGGCUGCUACAUCGAUAGUACUUCAACGGAACUUUUGAAUGCAAGCGAUAUGUUCCACCUGCUAUACAAUGGUGUGCACAAAUUGCUGCGAGAUCUGCGAGUCGAAAAAGAGCUCUUCGUACUCUACAAACUGCUGUUGUUGCACAAUCCAGAUGCGGAAGGGUUGAGCAUGCCGGGCAAGCAGAUCAUCGAAGAAGAGCGUGGCCGGAUACUCUCUCAUCUUUAUCUGUAUAUUCAUCAAGAAAAGGGGAGAGCUUCCGCCGGGUUGUUCAGCAACUUGUUGAUGAUGACGGCGACGUUAUCGAAAUGCGCCUCCUUCAUCCGCCGCCUCUUCGACGUGACCCAUAUUUUUGGCCACACCAACGAUCUCAUCGACCAGUUGAUCAUUGUCGGUUUG